AUGGGCAAAAUGUUACUUUCUCUGAUAAGGUUUCGUAACAAGCUUGAUUAUGAAUGGCGUUGUGCUGUAAUUGUCAAACUCAUGGGGAAACCUAACUCCACGAAUACUUUUGAUUUUAUGCUAAGAGGUUUAAGAAGAAAAUGGCAAGUGAAAGGGGGGUGGCAACUCAUUGAUUUACCCAAUGAUUUUUUCAUUGUUAAGUUUAACCUGGAGGAAGAUAUGAAUUAUGCUCUCUGUGGAGGUCCUUGGAUUCUUGCUGGGCAGACUCUGAUUGUUAGAAAAUGGACACCUGACUUUGAUCCUAUGAAUGAAGUUAUUGGGAAAAUGGCUCUAUGGGUCAGAAUUUUUGGUUUGCCUGUCAAAUUUUUCAAGGACUACACUAUGGCCAAAAUCGGGAAAAUCCUUGGUGCUGUAGUCAAAGUGGACAAGCUCACAAUUGGUCAGGCUAGAGGACAGUUUGCUCGUGUUUGCAUUGAGGCAUUUCCCUUAUAUGUUUUGAAUGUGGCUGCUUUGGUCACUCAAAAGAUAAGUGUACGUCCCUUAAUUAAGAAUAACAGUGGUGAAGCUGAUAUAAACCCGAAUGCUUUGAAUACUACUGAUCCAUCUCUUGCUUCUAGUGGUGAGACAUCUUCUCCAACUGAGAUGAACAUUUCUACAAUGCAACAAGAUGUGGACACUCUGAGAAAUAAAAAGAAGAAUGGAGAUGCUGGUGGAUCUAGGAAAAUUAGUAGUGGCAGUGGUUCCAGAUUUGCUGUUUUGCAGGAUGAAAGUGGUAAGGACUCUGAGUUGCCUGAGCAGACCAUUGAGAAUAACUCUUCUGAUAGCAGUCCUCCCAUUGUCAAACGUUGGAAAAGCUUCCAAGAGAAGAAGAAGACAGUUCCUGUGAACAAUGAGACUUACAAACCCAAGAAUGUUGCUGCUCCUUCUACCUCUUUGAGAAAACUUGGUUCCUCUGGUAAUCAUUCUUCGUCUGUGAAAGUUACUGCUACAAAUGAGAAAUCUAUAUCUUUGAACACUAAAAAUAGUUCUAGAAUCCCUAUGAAAGAUGUGUCUAAUGUUGAAAAUUCUAGUGGCUCUAAAACUGAUCUUCAGUAUCAAAGAAAAUCCAAAGGUGUGGCUGGUUCUGGUUCUAAACAUAAUUCUCACAUUUUCAAAAAGCUUUCUUUUGAAAAUAUGGGAACCAAUGUUUUAGGAGAUGGAAUUGUUGCCAUCUUUGGGCAUUGUCCUCCUGAGGAGGUUAUUGGGGACAAGGCCAGCCCUUCAUCUCUUUCUAUGGACUCUGAAACCUUUGUGGAAAAGACCUAG